AGUGAAGAUUUGACAAAAGAUUAUCAUGGCAGUCAUGAGAGCUCUUGUGCUUCUUUUCUUGGUCUUUUCUGUUGAGAAUGCAGCAGCUCAAGAGAAAUGCCCAAAUGGAUGGACACCUUUUGGUGUGCAAUGCUACAAAUUCUUCUCUCAGUCAGUUAACUGGGCCACAGCUGAGAAAAAUUGUCAAUCAGUUGAUGCAAAUCUUGCAUCUGUGCGCAAUACAUUGGAAAACAACUUUCUUCUGAAUCUUGUGCCUGCUACCACACGUGCUUGGAUUGGUGCCCAUGAUGGUGAAAUUGAUGGACAAUGGCUGUGGACUGAUGGAUCUCAAUUUGACUUCACCAACUGGUGCUCUGGAGAACCCAACAAUAAUAGUGGUGCAGAGAGCUGCCUGGAGAUAAACUUUUACACUAACCGUUGCUGGAAUGAUAUUUAUUGUGCAAACACAAUGAGCUACAUUUGUGCCAAACCUCUGAGAUCAUGAAAAAUCCAUAUGUUUCAAAAGUACUAUGAUUGUACUACAUGCCUAUACAUUUUUUCUGAUCUUAUCUUUAAAAUCUUUCAAAUAUCUCUGAAAAUAUCUUAAAAAAUUACUAAACCUUUCUGAAAACUUCUCAAAUCAAUAAAGCAUUUAUAA